GGGGAAGGGGCGCCAGGUCCUUUAUCAGGCUAGGGGAGAGCAAAGGGGCCAGGGGCCAGGAGGUCAGUAGGGAACUAGCCCGUGCAAAAGCUCUGCCCCCCAUCACCCCCCCCCCAGGUGCUGCUCGGUGCAUUGCUCUCUCCCCACCCGGCUGCUUUGCCUGCUCCCGAUUCGAGAUGCCCAAUUUCUCCGGCAACUGGAAGAUGAAGCACUCGGAGAACUUCGAGGAGCUGCUGAAAGCUUUGGGCGUCAGUGUGAUGCUGAGGAAGAUCGCGGUGGCUGCAGCCUCCAAGCCAGCCGUGGAGAUCAAGCAAGACGGCGAGACCUUCUACAUCAAGACCUCUACCACGGUGCGCACCACCGAGAUCAACUUCAAGAUCGGGGAAGAGUUCGAGGAGCAGACUGUGGACGGGCGCCCCUGCAAGAGCCUGGCCAAAUGGGAAAGUGAGAACAAAAUGGUCUGUGAACAAAGGUUGCUGAAGGGGGAAGGGCCCAAGACCGCCUGGUCCCGGGAAAUGACUAACGAUGGAGAACUCAUUCUGACCAUGACAGCCGACGACGUGGUCUGUACGAGGAUCUACAUCAGGGAGUGAUACGCCCCGCUGGGCAGCGGAGGGUACUCCUGGCACCGCCCCCUUCCCACUCGUCAAUUGCAGCCUCUCCGCCGACCUUCAGUAACUGCUCUGCCGGACUCCAGAGUAUCCCGUUUACAUGAUGCAGGCUAGCGGCGCCGCUCCACUUCAUAUUCCACUAUCAGCCGGUCUCGUUCUCCCCCCCCCCCCCCAGCCUCUCUUUGUCCGUGCACAGAUGGUUUAAGACAGCCCACAGAGCAAUGUGAACUCCUCCCAGCCCCUCGUCCAAGUGGGUGACACAGAGGGUCCCCAUGUAUUCAUCCCCACCCUGGCUAGAGAUGGCGCUAACAAAGCUGUCACUCCCAGCGACAGCGGGUUUGCCUGGUUUGUGCCAUGAUGGGGAAGGGGCUCUCUCUCAGCCAGCUCACGGUGGGCCCUGGAGAAUGCUCACCUUGGUCUGUGCUCCGCUCAGAGAUGGCUCUGAGCCAAAGCCCGCUUUCCAUCAGCUCCGGUGGGCUUUGGAUCAGGCCCAUGUGCUGAGCAAACCUGGCAGCCCAGGACUUGCUGGGCUGAGGGUUCUGCUUUGUCACUUCUGGACGAUUUUGGGGCCCCUGGAGUAUGAGCCGGGUUGAGACAAUGAGAGCCACUCCUCACUGAUUUAGCCAACAGCUGCCGAAAUGCUUGGCAGUUCCGAGACACAUCUGCAUUUCCAGGCGCUGUACCCCCAAGGCCUGAUUCUGGGUUAUUCCAUUCCUGCACGUGGAGCCGGGAUGUGGGGGAAUGGGUUAAGAUGGCUUUGGCCUCCUCAUAUUCUGGUGCUGUGCCCAGCCCACGGUGUAAGUUAGAGCAGCCCCAGGGCUGCUCUUCAUUGUGCUCUGCCCCCAUAGCCUCCCAGAUGUAGGGAGUACCUGUAGUGCACUGCAUGCUGGCAACACCCCAAUUUCCUCUUCUCUGGGAGCAGGGCUGGUGGAGAGUCCUUACCCCAGCUCCACUCCAGCCAGGGAGGCCCUCUGACAGUUGCACUGGUUUAACUAAAGGCGUGAAUUUAAACUGGCACAAACCCAUUAGUGGAUGCUUUUAAACCAGAAUAAGAGCAUCCACAGGCAGGGGUUUGCCCUGGUUACAGUGAACUGGUUUUAAAACCGAUUUCAGUUCAACUGGUGCAACUUUCCCGUGUAGACAAGAUCUUCGUUCCCAUGGGACAAACAGCUUAGCAGCUGUGCGCUGAGGAGAUCAGAUUCCCUUCUAGAGUGGGGCUGAAGCUACUUAUAGGGCAGAACCCAAAGGCACCUGGAUUGUAGAGUGACGUGCUCUGAAUGUACUUUAACUGUGGGCAAAUAGAGCACUGAUUUUCAUGCCCCUGCAUUAUUUGCUCUCUCUCUGGAUGGAAUUUACCUCUCUGUAACCCACCUUGACAGGUGCUUUGUCCUCCCCUAAUAGGAACAGCCCAUCCCAAAGGCUCAGAUAUUCCAAUCCUGGCUUCAGUUCCCACAUGUGACCCAUUUCAGGUGAUCAAUACCAGGAGCUGCAUAGGAUGGGUUCCCUCCCCCCCCCCCCCCCCCCCGUGUGAAACAUAUCAACAGACACAACAUUUCAGGUUUUCAUUUAAAAAAAAAAUCAUUUUUCAAUAAAACCUCAAAUGUUUGAACAAUUUUUUCCCCAAACAUUUUCAUUGCAUUGAAAAGCCCUUAUCCACAGCGCAUGGGGAAUGUCCCGCUGGGCACAUUUCAGGGCUCUCUUGUGGUUUUAUAUGUGCCACCAAAAACACCAUUCAAAAUGGAGUGUCAGUGAGUGAAUUGGUGCAUUGCCUUUGAGCCGGCCUUGUCUUCGGAGGUACAUUACACCGGGGUGGGGGGGGGCAGGCAGUGAUUUUAGCUUGGCCUCUGCAACACCUGGUUGACAUUUGGGGAAAAAGAAGGGUUGUUUCUUUUUGUUGUGGUCAAGAAAUGGCCUUUUUUAAUGGCCAAUUGGAGUGACAAAUCGUUCAUUUAAAUUUUUUUCCCCCGUGUUACAGUAGAAUCCCUAAUUGAGACUGAGGAGUCCAUAAAAUUGAAAAGUUUGUAAAACCGAGCCUCUCCAAAUGACAGUAGGUACUCUGUGUAAAUGACAGUAUGGUACAAUGCACCCAGAGCUUAAGGGGGCCUGACAAAAGUGUAGGUGGGUAGGAGGGUCUAUCACAACCUGAAAGCAGCAGCUUUGGUAAGACAGUGCUUAAAGUGCGCCCCCUCCGUGACCCUGCUCAAUUAAAAAAAUAUUUGGGGCCGGGUUUACGCCCCCUGGCAACCUUCUCCUCUUCAAUCACUGCUUUCUUGUUGUCCUGCAGACCAUCUGCAAAGUGAUUCCCGGUGCACUGAAGUAUCGGAAUUGGAUGGGACUUGUUCUUCAUUGACUUGGUUCACAUAACUGGUCCUUUGGAGGGCUGGGCUUUGUAAAAUUAACAUUAUGCUGCGUUGCAUGUGAUUACUGCGUAGGCUUGUGCAUAGGGGUAAUUCACCCCCUCUGAGACACCUCCCCCCUCCCGCAUCGCAUCCCUCUGGACAGCAAGAGUUUCAAGUUUCAAGGUGGAAAGUGUUUUUUGUUUUUUUUUUAAAAAACCUGGCAUUGAUUUUAUUUUAUACAGAAUAUUUUUUCAUAUUCCCGUAGGAAGCAGCUGUAACCUAGUUGAGAUGCAUUCCUCUUCCCGUGUAGGGCCUUGUGCUUUCUCUCUCCUCUCUCAGUCGUUGCAACUUUUACUGAGUAUUUAUUUGUUAAUAUUUUAUUAAAAAGGAAACCGUGAACAAGCCUGUCUCCUGUGGGUCUGCGCAGCAUUGGAUCUUGCCUGGAACACAAUGUCCUUCCGACCCAACUCUCUCUAAUAAACGGUUGAUGAACGUA